CUCUCUUUAUUACCGCAAAAGUGAAGUCCUAAAAAGAGGAACUAUUGCUCCUCUUUUCUUUUUCUUUCACUUUCUAUAUCGAAACCCAACAAAAGAGGAAAAAAACAUUAAAGCCUCUAAUACCCGAGUGAAGAAGCAGAUGCAACCAACACCUGCCGGAAGCAGCAACACUAGUGCUGGUGGCGGUAGCGCUGGUGGCCGUGGAGGUGGAGGGAUUGCUAGGUUUCGUUCAGCACCAGCCACAUGGAUAGAAGCACUUCUUGGAGAAGAAGAAGAGGACCCAUUAAAGCAAAGUCAGAACUUGACUCAGUUACUUACUUCAAACACACCUUCAAGUACAGAUUCAGUGCCUUUUAAUGCUUCCAGUGCUGCUGUUGAACCGGGUUUGUUUGAACCGGUUUGUGGUUUUCAAAGGCAAAAUAGCUCUCCAACUGAUUUUCUUCAGAGUUCCGGGAUCGGAAGUGAUCAAGGGUAUUUUUCUAGUUACGGAAAUGCUUCAAAUUAUGAGUACAUGACGCGAAAUAUGGAUGUUUCGCCUUCUGAUGAAAGAGCUAGAGAGGUUGAGUUGCAAAACCCUUCUGCAAGAUUCCCACUUCCUCCGUCGAAAGGAGAGCAAACUGGGCCUUUAAGGGCAUCUAGUUUGAUAGAAAUGGAGAUGGACAAGCUUUUGGAGGAUUCAGUGCCUUGCAGGGUUCGUGCGAAGCGUGGCUGUGCUACUCAUCCUCGAAGUAUUGCAGAGAGGGUUCGGAGAACUCGAAUCAGUGACCGCAUAAGGAAACUUCAGGAACUUGUUCCAAAUAUGGAUAAGCAAACAAACACUGCUGAUAUGUUAGAUGAGGCAUUAGAGUAUGUUAAGUUUCUUCAAAGGCAGAUUCAGGAACUCACGGAACAGCGAAGAAAAUGCAAAUGCAUAGCUAAAGAAUAACAGAGGGAUUUAUCAAACAAUGAAUUGACAGGGACAGUGCUAGAAGCUUUCGCGCAGCUACCAGAUCUUACUAUCCUAUAAGUUAACAUAUUCUGAUGUUUACGACAAGAAGUUCUUAUCCAUGGUGAAUGGUGACAUUGUUUUUCCUAUUUGCAGAUAUUUGAGCGGGACAAACUCACAAGUGCAGUUCCCCAUAGUCUCAAGGGAAAGUCUAACAGUGGAUGGUUGCAGCUGAGGUUUGGUUAUCAUCUUCAACGAUUACAACUUAUCUGCAUGUUAAUCAAACAAUAUUCAUUCUACUCCUUUGGUUCUUACUCUAACUUCUUUUCUUACAUAUGAAGUGAACACUGUUUUUUUCAUCGAUUGAAACUAAACGUUAAGGAACAAAGAGGGGUCAUAAAAUAGAUUAUACAAAUCCAUUUUCUCUGUAUGUUAGUACGAGUUUAAGGAAUGAAGUAACUGAUACAAUUCUUCGGUA